AUUUUUCAGAAACCAAGUUAAAGAAAAGGCACCCAACAACGAUCAUAAGCCUUUCAAGGUUUGAUCAAAGAAAAGAUUCAAAGAACCUCAAGGCAAACAAAGAUUAAAAAAUACAUAAAAGGAAAUUAAAACAUUAAAAAACCAGGGUGUAGCCCUACUUUUAUUUUCUCCACCCUAUAUAUCAAUCCCGUCAUCAUGAUCUUCCCCUACACCGAAAUCUCUCUCUCUCUCUCUCUCUGUGCUGGCCUCCUGUCUCUCUUUCCCUCUCCCACAACAGGAUUUAAAUCUAGUACUCCAGCUGAAAUUUACUAGUGAUCAAAGUUGUUUUCGAUGUUCCGUUUCUUCGACAACGGUGAUCCCCAAAACUUGUUUAGUUUCAAUAUUAUCCCAGAUCUUAGAUCUUGAGCAUCCAUUAACGCACAUCAUCUCAUCAACUCCAUCAUCUCCUUGUAAAAAAAAAAAAACUCCAUCGUCUCCUUAUGCUUUAUCUUACUCUUUCUAUUUUUAGUUCUUUCCCAAUUAGUACCUGUUUGGGCCUAGAAACCUACUCUCACAAGCCGAAAAAACCCUUGAACCAGAACUUUAAUUAGAAAAAACAAAACCGAAUCGCACUUCACUUCAAGAUCCAAGAAAACAGAAAAACUUCGACAUGGAUUCACUUCACGAAUUUGACACCUCAAACACAGAUCAUGACGGCCCGAGCAUCGACUUCAGCACAAAUACCAUCAUCACAAACCCAACUACCUUACCUAACCCCGUACCACCAUCUUCGUCAUCCUCCACUCUAAGCCGCUAUGAGAACCAGAAGCGCCGGGACUGGAAUACCUUCGGCCAGUACCUCCGGAACCACCGCCCUCCGCUAUCUCUCUCUCGCUGCAGCGGUGCUCAUGUGCUUGAAUUCCUCAGGUACUUGGACCAGUUCGGCAAGACCAAGGUCCACACUCAGCUCUGUCCCUUCUUUGGGCACCCAAACCCACCUGCGCCGUGCCCUUGCCCACUACGCCAAGCCUGGGGGUCCCUUGACGCCCUCAUCGGCCGCCUCCGGGCGGCCUUUGAAGAGCACGGGGGAAAGCCCGAGGCGAACCCAUUCGGAGCUCGAGCGGUGAGGCUCUAUCUACGUGAGGUUCGUGAUUCGCAAUCCAAGGCAAGGGGGGUUAGCUACGAGAAGAAGAAGCGCAAGCGCCCGCCGCAGCCGCCAGCUGCAUUGCCACCGCCUCCGAAUACGAGUCAGUAAGAUAAAAUCAUUCUGCAUGAGACCAUAUUGGGUGGGAAAUCGCAUGAUCUCAUGGUAGAGUUCGAGCGCUAGCUCUUACUUUGCUCUAGCCUUCAAUAAGUAUUUCUAAUCUUUCAUUACAUGAUCGUCUCUAUGUAGUUCGAGUUUCUUUAUGUCGUUUCAGAAACUAUGCUUAAUGGUGGGUAUUGAACUGUUGGGUCUUCUUUGGUUCCGUAAUGCAAACAGCAGCAGCAGUAGUAGUAAUCGCGGUAGCAGCAGAAGUCAAGCAUGUAAUAGGUGUAGUUUAAUAUCCAAUUUGUCAUAGAUGUGUACUUUGAAAGGUCGUCUAUGACAAGUAAUAAUAGAUUUGCAGAUAUUGUUUAUGCUUUUU